CUGAGUUUGGUGUGCAUUGAUUUUUCAACUGGUAUUUUGUGUCAAUUUUAUUCGAUUUGCAUAGAUAUAUAUUGUUAAUUUUUCUAGUUUGUAUCAUUUAUCUAUCAAUUCUAUGAAUUUUAAAAAUGAGCGGCAAAAUCAGCAUCAUAUAUCCGCCACCAGAAAUUCGAAAUAUUGUAGAUAAAACUGCCAGCUUUGUCGCUCGUAAUGGACCAGAAUUUGAGACUCGUAUCCAACAAAAUGAACCUAAUAAUAGAAAAUUCAAUUUUCUCAAGCCAGGUGAUCCGUACAAUGCAUAUUAUCAGUUUAAAGUGAAAGAAUUUCGUGAAACCGCUUCAAAUAAUGCCAGUGAAAAUCAGGAUAUUGAACAACAGGAGUCAAAACAACAAGAAGAUACUGAUACGACAUCAUUAACAACUGAAUCGGUUACGAAUUGUAAUCAAAAUGGUCAAUCGAUUACAAAAGCUUCAUCAGUUCCCGUUAGCGGAUCUGUAACACUGAAAACAACUGAUUCUAAAAAAUUAGAAAACAUAAUGAUUCAACCGAUCAUACCGCGUGGUCCACCACCAUCGUUUGAAUUUUCUGAUGAUGCACCAUCUAUUUCUGCUUAUGAGCUUGAUAUUGUAAAAUUAACCGCUCAAUUUGUUGCAAUUCAUGGUCGUUCAUUUCUUAAUACCUUGAUGAACAAAGAAAGUCGAAAUUAUCAGUUUGAUUUUCUACGCCCACAACACGGGCUAUUUACUUAUUUUACUCAAUUGAUUGAACAGUAUAGUAAAGUGUUGAUGCCGUCGAAACAAUUUCUAAAUUCAUUGGAAAAAGAAUUCGAAGAUCCAAAAUUAAUUAUAGAAAAGGUUCGAUAUCGAACCGAAUGGACAAAGAUAAUCGAAGCAGAGAAACGUAAAGAAGAAGAAGAAGCAGAAAAGGAACGUAUUCAAUAUGCACAGAUUGAUUGGCAUGAUUUUGUCAUUGUAGAAACAGUAGAUUAUCAACCAAAUGAAUCGGGUAAUUUUCCACCGCCUACAACACCGGAACAAGUCGGUACUCGAUUACUAAUGCAACAAAGAAUUGAAGCAAACGGUACUGAAACAGUAGAAAUGGAUGUCGAUUCUGAUGAAGAAAAGAAUGAUGGUAAAGAAGAUAAAAAUAAUGAACCAUUACCACCGUUACCACCAUCUUUGGAUAAUGUUCUCAUACGUAAAGAUUAUAAUCCAAAAACAAACAAAACACAACCGACACAAGCUGUUUCAACGAAGAAAUUGCCCGACAAUUAUGUCAUUUCACCAAUUACUGGUGAAAAAAUUCCGGCUGAUAAAUUACAAGAACAUAUGCGCUAUAGUUUGUUGGAUCCAAGAUGGGUUGCUGAACGGGAUCGUACCAUACAGGAAAAAAUUCAACAAGAAGAGGUUUAUGCUGCUGGAUCUGCCAUUGAAAGUUCUUUAAAACAUUUGGCCGAACGUCGUACGGAUAUUUUUGGUUCAGGUGAUGAGGAAACAUUAAUUGGUCGUAAGAUCGGUGAAGAAGAGCAACGAAAACAAGAAAAGGUUACGUGGGAUGGUCAUAUGAAUAGUAUGGAAGCAACAUCACGUGCAGCUCGUGCAAAUAUUUCCAUUGAAGAACAAAUUCAACAUAUUCAUAAAGUCAAAGGAUUAUUACCGGACGAUGAUAAAGAUAAAAUUGGGCCAAGUAUGCCCACCACAUCGGCAUCGACCAAUCCGAACAUGGUGGUAAAUACCGUUCCGAAUAUGCCACCACCACAACCGAUUCGUCAUCCUGCUACAGCUGGCUCACUUUUAAUGACUCCAACUUCGACAACAUCGAUGAUGCAACCAACACGUAGCGAUUAUGGAUUGAUUUCAGGCACUAUACCUGGAACAUUACCAAUGUAUUCAACACAUACGAUGCCACCACCGAUUGCUUCACAUUUGGCGCCACAAAUGUCAGCUGCAGGUAUAAUUCCACCACCAAAUAUUCCAGUACAACCACCACCACCACCACCAAUCCCAAGUUUAGCAGAAUCAAUUGAACCAGUAUACAAAAAACAACGGACAGAAGAUAAUUUAAUUCCGGAACAAGAAUUUUUAAAAACAUGUUCAUCUUCAAACUUAACAAUCAAAGUGCAUGUACCACAAUCAUCGGAAAAAACAGAAUGGAAAUUGAAUGGUCAAGUUAUUAACUUGACAUUGCCAUAUACUGAUUCGCUUUCGGUGGUCAAAGCGAAAAUACACGAAUUGACCAAUUUACCGCCUGGAAAACAAAAACUUCAAGCUGAAGGAAUUUUUUUAAAAGAUCAAAAUUCAUUGGCAUUUUAUAAUCUACCUAAUGGGGCAUCAAUUUUAUUGGCAUUGAAAGAACGUGGUGGACGUAAAAAAUAAACCUGAUGAUUUUUGUAUUUUAUUUUAUACAUUCAUUUAUUCAAUAUUUCUUUUCAUAAUCAAACAAAUAAAUCUAAUAA